CAGGGCCUCUUAUGAUGCCUCAUACAGACGUGUGCUGCGACAGUAUAGAAACAGUAACAGGAAUGUGAACUAAAGUGCAGUUCUGAAGAGAAUUCAACUUUUGUAGCUUAUUCCCUGAUACCUAAAGUGGAGGAAAGGACAAAGCCAACUGAAUUACUCCACCAGAGGAAUAAAUAGAAGAGAAGAGAAAAGUCUGAGACAUGUUGCAGUGCCGAGUGAAUUUCCUAGACGACACCUACUUUGUGUGGGAGCUGGAGAGAAAUGCACUGGGACAGGAUCUCUUCAAUAAAGUUUGUGAACACCUUGACCUGUUGGAGAGGGAUUAUUAUGGUCUGUUCAUGUGGGAUUCUCCUAGUACCAGGGUAUGGCUGGACUGUGCUAAAGAGAUCCGAAAACAGAUAAAAAGUCCAGAAACUGAAUUCUUUUUUAACAUCAAGUUUUACCCGCCUGAUCCCUUCAUUCUAGUUGAAGACAUCACAAGAUAUCUCCUGUGUCUUCAGCUGAGGAAAGAUAUUGUGAUUGGUCAACUGCUCUGUCCAUCAGACAUCCUAGCUCUGUUGGGUUCAUACACAGUUCAGUCAACACUUGGUGAAUAUGACCCAAAUCUCCACCAGAAUAACUAUGUCAGUGAAAUUGUUCUUGCACCCAAUCAGAGUGAAGAGUUGGAGGAGAGAAUAAUGGAGCUGCAUUCCACAUACAGAUUCAUGAGUCCUGCCCAGGCAGAUAUGCUUUUCCUUGAGAACGCCAUGGGGCUCCCCAUGUAUGGAGUAGACCUGCAUCCUGCCAAAGAUGUCAGUGGUGCAGAUGUGAUGCUCGGUGUUUGCUCUGAAGGACUAAUGGUAUAUGAGGAUGAGAUUAAAACAAACAUUUUCCUCUGGCCCAGAGUUCUUAAAAUCUCCCACAAACGCAGCACCUUUCUUCUGAAGAUGCGCCCUUCUGAGGAGGAUGAGUUUGAGGGUGCCAUCAGCUUCAGUUUGGCCAGCUACCGAGCCUGCAAACAACUGUGGAAAUGCUGUGUAGAACAUCAUAGUUUCUUCAGAAAUAGACUUCAAGACACAAAAACAAAAAGGCUCCUGACCUUGGGUUCAAGGUUCCGUUUCCAUGGACGCACUCAGUCUGAGUGUCUGGAAGCCUGCGGCAACAUCACCCGGGCUCCUCCACGAUUCACACGUUUUAUCAUCAAGAGAAAAGGAAACAAAGAAAUUCUUGAUAUUUUAAAACAACCAGUUCGAACAGAGUUGGAUGACUGGUUCCUGGUCUAUGGUCCAGAUAAAUGGCGCAUUUCUACAUCAGAUGAUGUCAUGCUAGAAAAUGAGAAGUUGCAGGAGUGGAAGCAUCAGCCAGACGACUGGUGUGUUCUCCUUGACGGCAGCCCAUUUUUACUGACUGAAGAACGGAGAGAAGAUGUGGAAGUUAUGGAGGGGUUAGAGGAGACGCUCACCGAUGAGCUUGUGAUAAAACAUUCAUAUAAAAUUCAGGUUGUCCAGGAGGGGUCUGACAUUAUUGAGAAAGAACUUCCUGAUUUUGAAUUAAAACAGGAAAUCAUGAAACCGCUAAAGGAGACACUAAAGGAAGAAGUACUAGAAGUCAAUGGAGAAAGAAUACAAAGGGUAGUAAUCACUAAACAGUGGACACAGGAAGUCAACUCUUUGGUGGAAUCACAAGAAGCUGUAGACAAAAAGAUAGAGAGGGUGGAGCUGGUGGAAAGACGUGUAAUAGUCACUGAAAAUAAGACAUUGGGAUCUGAGGACACUUUUGAGAGAUUGGAAAUCAUGGAACAGAGACUAGAAGAGGUGGACGCUAUCAAGCAAAAGCUAGUUGAGGUGGAAGAGCUACGGUUUGGAUUACAGGAAGUGGAAAGUUUGAAGCAAAGGUUGCAGCAAGUUGAGAAGGAGGAGCUUCAACAAGCGGAGAAAGAUGAUUGGUACAUUUUACUAGAUCGCAGGCCACUGAUGCUCACUGCUACCGCCACAGGAGGAGUUCAAGAAGAGUUGCAACAGAUAGUGUAUAUUCCCCAACCAAUGAAAAAAGAUGACGAUUGGUACAUUCUAUUUGAUGUGCUUCCAAAAACCAUGGAAAUAUCGCGCUCCCUUCAAGAUGUGAGCAGAUACACUCCUGAAGAAGAUCAGCGUGAAGAAGAGAAGAGAGAGGUAGAAAGAAAAAUACAGCAAGAGUUGGUGACACCCGAGAAGACAAAAACACAGACAAGAGAGGAGGUGAUUCAGAGCAGAGUGAAAACAGAGGAGGUCCAGAAAGAACAAGAGGAGCAGGUGACAGUGGAUUAUAGGAGACUACAGCCAUUUGUUCUUGAGCAGAGAGCAGCAGAGCCUCAAAUAGACAAAGAGGAUGACUGGUUUGUUGUUUUGGAUGGUUCUCCUAAAAGAUCAGUGCCCUCUGUUGAGCUGUAUGAGGAGACCAGAGAGGAGGUGAUCCAGGGAAGAGUGAGAACAGAGCAAAUAAAACAACAGGAGCAGGUGACAGUGGAUUAUGGGAGACCACAGACCGUUAUUCUGGAGCAGAAGACAACACAACCUCAAAGAGACGUGGAGGAUGACUGGUUCAUCAUUUUUGAUGUUUCUCCUGAAGGAUCAGUGCCCUUGACUCUUUCAAAUCUACAAAGUCCAACUGCAAACCUGUAUGAGGAGAUCAGAGAGGAAGUUAUUCAGAGCAGAGUGAGAACAGAGGAGGUGCAGAGAAUGAAACAGGAGCGGGUGACAGUGGAAGAUAGGAGGCCACAGCCAGUUAUUCUUGAGCCGAGGACAGCUCAACCUCAAAGAGACGUGGAGGACGACUGGUUCAUCAUUUUUGACGUUUCUCCUAAAGAAUCAGAGCCCUUGGUGUAUCCACAGCUGCAAGCUCCAACUGUUGAGCUGUAUGAGGAGACCAAAGAGGAGGUGAUUCAGAGCAGAGUGAGAACAGAGGAGCAAGUGAUUGAGGUGAUGACCGUGAGCACUAAAGAACAAAUAAUAGUUCCAGAGAAGAAGAGGACAAGCAUCAUACAAACCCCACAGUUUCCAGUCAUGCCCAGAGACUUUGAUGAUGACUGGCUUCAGCUUUUUGACAAAGUUCCUUAUGAGCAGAAGAGUUUCCCAUCAGAUGUCAGAGGCAGAGAUUUUGAGGUCCGUGAACCCAUCAAAGACCAGAGAGUUCAGAGAGUGGUGGAUGAGCAGAUGAGAGAGAAAAGACUGAUCACUGAAGAAAAGAGAGUGAUCAUUGAUGAACACAGAGAGAGAGCUGACGUUGUUCCGCAGAUGAUUCCUGUCGGGGUUCGGGAAGUUGACGAUGACUGGUUUGAGCUUUUGGAUGCAGCACCUCCUGAGAUGAGGAGCGUCCCUUCAGUUGCAGUGGCUACUGAAGAGCGCAGGAUGAAAGAACAGGAAGACAGAAGAGUGAGACAGCAGCAGAUGAGAGUGAGAGAGGAGGAGGAGAAGAGACUAAGAGAACUAGAAAAGCGAAAACAGGAGCUGGAAUUAAGAAGAGCUCAACCAGCUGUUACUGUGAAGACAGAAGCACAGCCUCAGAUUGAAAAAGAUGACGACUGGUUCAUUCUUUUUGAUGUUUCACCAAAAGAAACAGUUGUUGCAGAUGUCCUUAAAGUGGACAGGAGGGCUGAGGAAGAGAAGAGGAGAAGGGAAGAAGAGAGUAGGAGGCAGAUAAAAAUAGAGGAAAGAACAAAAACACCAUCUGUACCAGAGAAAAAACCAGUACAACUGCAGACAGAAGCGGAGGACGGCUGGUUCACACUUAUGGUCAUCUCCCCUAAAGAUUACGUUCCCACACCUGUUAUUUCCCCAGUGGCUCCGCCCAAACCCCGCCCACAGAUCCCAGCUGACCAACCACUCACCUCCACUCCGACCGCACAACCUGUGUCCAUUACAAAAACCUAUCAGGAGAGGACUAAAGACCUAUGGAACAUCACACUGGAGUCUGAGCAAUCUGCAACUGAGUCGGUGCUCAUGAGGAAGACAAGGAGAAGUGAAGGAGAGAGCAUCUAUAUUCGUCACAGCAUUCUGAUGCUGGAGGAUUUUGAUGUGUCCCAUGAGAUGAUUUUGAAGCACUAUGCCAGCAUUUCUGAACUUAAGCGUGGCUUUAUGGAGGUCAAGCUAGAUUUCGGACCCACUGAAUGGGACAGACGUCUCUCAUCAUACUCGCCUACUUCCAAAGCUCAGUUCCCACAUGCCAACGAAGAGAUACUCGUGAGAAUGGGCUUAAUUGAAGAAGAUGGAAAAACAGUCUUGUUUCGCUCUCAAGAGAUAAUAUAUGUGUGAAUUCUAACAGCUUAAAUUUAUGAUAUCUAUGCACUUACAUAUAAUCCCUGCUGAAACAUUCAAGGAUGUGAAUAUGUUGAAAAAUGUGCUUUGCAUGUUUUAUACAGUAGAAUGUAAUUCUGUUUUGCAUUUUUCUUAUAUUUUAUCAAUCUAAUUUAACAUUGUUGAUGGUAGAUGUUUCCUUAUACACUGGUAAUCAUGUCCACAACAGUAUGUCAAAAGCAUCACUUAAUUUGUGUAGACCUUCAGACUAAAAAAUCUCAUCUCAGGCUUACAUUUGGUUUAUUUUAACUGCUUACACCAAUUCAGUUAUAUUCAAAAGGAAUAAAAGCUGUCAUAUGCACUGCCAAA